ACGACAACAACUCGCAUGCUUUUGUGAUCGCAUGGCUAGUUAGCACCAAUCGGCUUCAAUUCCUUGCUUUCGAUAACUUUCACAGAGCGACAGCAACAGCCCAAACAACCACGAUAGCUGCAACGAUGCCAACAUUGCUGGCUACGACUAACGCGACUGGUGGCGGCUCUCUGUCCCCAUCUCCAGCGCUGGGCCAAACAGUUCGCUUCCAGCACUCUUCAAGCGCGUAUCGGUUUUGAAAUAUAUAUUUUGCUCAAAAAUUUUUUAUUUUUUUAUUCUAUGUAAAUAGUGUAAAGACGCCGUCGCGACACAGUCACGAGCGUGUAAACAAUCAUUUUCAAGAAACAACAAUAAAUUUACAAAACUUAAUAUAUUUGUGUACUUACUUGACUUAACUUAAGUGCUUACUUACAUACAUAUUUGCUUGCUUGCGCACUUACAUAUAUAGUUAAAUAUUUUGAUACUUCAUAAAUAUGUUCGACAUGUGUGCAAGCGUAGUACUUGCCUAAAAAAAAGUGCAAUACUAUUUUUUGGUUCAAAUUAGUUAUAACCAAAAAGAGGUUUACAAGUUUUUGCAGCAGCUACUCGAGCAAAAAAAAGUGCAACUUUGUUGUUUCAUCUUUGUUUUUUAUUGAAUGAAACUCAAUUGAACUUAAUUGGAAAAAUAAAGUGCUGUUAGUUUUGCUUAAACAAGUUGCGGAAGGAAAAGUAUAACGCUUGUGGUACUACAUACAUAGUUACACGCCUAAACCGCAGAGUGAAGCAAAAAGAAAACAAGUGCAAAUUAUAGUAAAUACAAGCUUGGGCUUGAGCCGCUUGCAAACAAAAAAAAAACAGAAAUCAAAAGAAAAUAAAAAAAUAUUUAUUUACAAACCUACUUUGAGUAUUUCCUAGUUUGUCCAUGCAAGGCGCGUACAUGCAGUUGCGGGUAAACAGUGUUUAAAUACCACAACAACAACAACAACAACAAACAAGCCAAACGUAAACAAACCAACGGGCGUGACAAAAAGGGGCUCCAAAUAAAAGGGCUGCUGUCGUCACGUCCAUUUUGCUUUCUCUCGCAACGAGUCAGAAAAAUCGCUUGAAUGCGCAUUUGUUUUGACCGGCUGUGCUUCGCUACCAAGAGGCCAGCCAAUACAGAGCACAGUGAUAGUGAAUCGCCGCAUUCCCUACCGCCCGAUCGAUUACAGAACAAUAAUGAGCAAAGCAACAAGCGGAAUGUCAUAACGACCAAACCGUCAGCGAGUAAUAUACACAGCUUACAACCCGCCCAACUCACAAUUGCACCUUGGCUAGUUAGCAACUACAACAGCAAUAGCACAAGUAACGGUAAUAGUCAUACAAAGAAGAAUACCACUGCACCCUUUGGGCCACGCACAACACUCAACGGUCUAGAUCCACCGAGCCGUGCCGUCCUGAUAUCAUCGACAAAUCUUAACGGCACACAAACUGCAACAGCUACACCAACACCGCCACCACCACCCACCAACGGCAACAACGCCCUAUACGCAAAUUUAGCUGAUUUAGCGAGUAGUACGUCAACAGCAAUUACAGAUUCUUUGGCGGCGUCCAGCGCAAUGCGCCAAACGUCAACAGUCAUUAUUGGGAAAAAAUCAACAACCACAAAUAGCUGCGGUGCGCGCGAAGACGAGGAAUAUAGUCAAUUUAAUUAUAGUACAGACAGUGGCAUUGGCAGCAGUUUAAGAGGCAGCAGCAGCCGCCACAACAGACAGCGCCUAGCGAAAACAAACAACGACGCGAGCGAACUCAGCGAAAACGAGGUGCGAGAAAGAAGCUUCUCCAACGCGCAUUUCGACCCGAACGCCUCCACAGCCACCUCCACAAGCAGCGCCACAACCAACGUAUCUACCGUGAGUAGCGUUGCGUUUCUGCGUCACGGUGCGGACAACGUCACGGCCAACGGCGUUAUCGCUAGCAAAGAGACGAGUACAGCAUACAAAGACACCGACGCACAGCCAAAAGCAGCGUCAGCGGAAGAGAUAGAGGCAAACGGCGAGCAAUCGACGAACAAAAUAGCCGCCACCAUGCAGCAGGAGCCGAACGCCAAUUUUCAGUUCCAACCCGAUCUGGGACUGGUGAACGGCAAUAAUUUGCCUGCGCUCACCGGACUCGGCAGUCAAACGGGCGCGAUACGUACCCUUACGCUACCACUGCAGCAAGACGUGAUCGCACAAACUUUCAUAUACGGUACGGUACCCUCGUCCGCUGCACAACACAUCAACUCACUGCAACAACAGGAGCUGCAAUUGCAACAUCGCUAUCAUCAGCUGCAACAAUUGCAGGCCCAGACACAGGGUCUCUUCCUAAAUACGAACGCCCCGGGUACAGUUGCAGCUGCGGCUGCUGCAGCUGCCGUGGCGCAAGGUGGUACACCCUUUGUAGUAGGCACACCGCCACAACUUUACACCAACACGCCCACAGCGGCGGCUGAGUUUUGUGCAGCGCAACAACAAAAAUUGCUAAGGGAUCAAAUGCAAGGACUUUGUAUAGCGGGCGGUGCGGCUGCCACGCCCAAUGCCAACGCGGUACCGGCGGCAUCGACGACCAUAAACUCGCUGCUCGACUCCUCACCCACAAUGAAUAUACUCAAUAAUAGUUAUGUGCCAACGACGCCGCAAGAGGAACGCUUCAUGCAGAUUAUUCAGGCGAAAGAGAUGAAAAUACAGGAAAUGCAACGCGCGCUGCAGCAAAAGGAUACGGAGAUCGCCGAGCUGAAAUCGCAUCUGGAUAAAUUUCAAAGUGUAUUUCCAUUUAGUCGUCAUGCCAGUACGGCCACCACACCGGGCGCUGGAGUGCAGCAGCAGCGGAAGAGUGGUCAGGCUUAUCAGCGACAGCGGGCGCAAGGCAUUUCGGCGGAACCGCAAAGUGAAUCUUCAGUUUUGUUGGAGCCAGGCGCGUUGCCGAAAUACGAUAAGGAUGAGAGGUGAGUGGAGAUGU